AAGAAACCAAACACACGGUAAAAAGUUAAAAAGCCCCGAGAAUUUACUCUUGGUCUCACUCUCACAUCACGAGAUUUCAUUUGUUUAAACGAAGCGAGGGAGAGAGUGAAAAAAACAGGGUUUGAGAUUUCAAAAAAUUUGGGUUUAGAGGUUUGGGUUUUCGAUGGGGAAGAAAAAAUUUGAAGGAAGAAAGAAGAGAAGUGUUGGAAGAAAGAGAAUCCAAGGAAGGUUGUGGAAAUGGAACUGAAUGUUGGGGGAAGAAGAGAAAUCAAAUAUUCGACAUUUUGCACGGAGCUAGGACUCCGCCAUUGAACCUCAAGCCCUUGUUGCAGACGACGACCUUUUUUUUUUUAAAAAUUUUCUUUGAGCACUCUGCAACAAGGUUCUGUAACUUUUGUUGUCCUUUUACCCCGUUGAUGGCGCUAUCUCAGGCUUCCAAAGUAUUCAAGUCCUCCAAAUUCAUCUCCUGGAAAUCCACUGGCAGGCUCCAGCAAACCUUAGCAGGAUGUAUAGAACGGACAGGAAAGACUCUGCACUGUGGGAAAGUUUCUACAGUAAAGUUGUGGCCAGAGCUCGCUGGGAAGGGGAGGUACUUUGAUUUCCGAUCUAAUGUGAUUCAUGCUUCAAUACAUUUUGCUGAAGAAUCACCUCUUUGCACUACGCUUUGUAAAGAUGGGGUUAAAGUUCGAACUGUUGAACACUUGCUUGCUGCUUUGGAAGGUAUGGGUGUUGAUAAUUGCCGGAUUGAGAUAAUGAAUUCUGACCCUGAAGAUUAUGAUGCUGAGGUUCCUAUUUUUGACGGGUCAGCGAGUGAGUGGGUGGAGGCAAUUGAACGAGUUGGUUUAGAGGUGGCAAGAGAUCAGUGUGGCAAUAGUUGUGAGAAGAUGGCAGCAUAUCUAAAUAAACCAGUACAAAUAUGGAAGAAUGAUUCUUUUGUCGCUGCAUUCCCAUCCCCGGUAAUUCACAUAACUUAUGGGAUUCACUUUCCACAGGUGCCUGCUAUUGACUGCCAGUGGUUUUCUUCAGCUGCGUUUGAUAGCUCUUAUUUUAUCAAACAUCUAUCUUCAGCUAGAACAUUUUGCAUCUAUGAGGAGGUAGAGAAAAUGCGCAAUGCAGGACUGAUAAAAGGGGGUGGACUACAAAAUGCAAUUGUUUGUAGUGCUAGGAAGGGAUGGAUGAACCCACCACUGCGAUUCCAUGAUGAACCUUGUCGCCAUAAGGUCCUAGAUCUUAUUGGUGAUCUUUCUCUUUUUGCAAGGUCUGGUAGUCAAGGACUUCCGGUGGCACACAUAAUGACUUAUAAGGGCGGUCAUGCAGCGCAUGCUGAGUUGGUUCGUCAGCUAAUUUGCUAGAGUUAUAGGAUGGAUUUUAGAAUGACACCAAAGAGGAAUUUGCGACUUCAAUCGAAGAAGGGAAGUAGGAAGGUGCAAACCAAGAGCUGCGGUGGAAGCACAUCAGCACUUGACGUUAAACGUCGACGAACUUCUAUGUAGCAAUCCAAAUCUGAGAAGGGAAGCACUGCAUUAGGUGCAAACCAAGAGAAAGAAGUAAUCUUCUACGACAAGGGUUCGUUCAUGCUUUGUAUUAUCGUACUGUCACUUUUGAGAUCUCCUCUUUGCAGGAUCGGAGGCUCCUAUCCCCCGAGUCAAUCUUUGCUUUUGGGUAAGAGUUUGCACUUGCUGCGGUGCUUUCCUUCUUAGAUUUGGAUUGCUAUCUACAAGUUCGUCGACGCUUAGAGUCAGGUGUUGAUGUGCUUCCAUUGUAUCUCUUGGUUUGCACCUUCGUACCUUUCUUCUUCGAUUGAGAUCGUAGGUUUCUUUUUGCUGUCAUACUAAAGUAU